AAAAUUUAACCUAAGUAUUACAAUAAUAAAGCAGGCAAAAAUUUGUGCGAUCGGAAAAAUUAAUUUAAAAUAUGUAUUCUAAUAACUUUAUAACAUACGGGAGAGCUUUAAUUAAUUGGAAACUACAGAACUUUAGUUCAGAUUUGCUUGAUUCAAGAAAUGUUGUGAAUUUGCCAUCACUUUAUUCCCCAGAAUUUAAACUUAUUUUGUCAAAUUCGUUUGCAACUAAAUGGAAGUUCCUUGCUAUCCGAAACAAAACAGAGCUAACGCUUUACUUGAAAAGAGUCGAUGACGUGUCAAGAAGAUACUUUUCAGCUGGUGGACAUUACAUAGUCAAAUAUGAAGUCCAAAUUAAGGAUCAAAUCAAUAAUAAAUGCCUAAAGAGAACUCAUGGAAAAGCAGAGAUUCAUCAUUUUGAAGAAAAACUUGGAAAAAUUAUCAAUUUAAAGGAUUGUACUCGUCCACGAGCUUACAGGAUAUUAUAUAGUUCAACAGUCCAUAUAGUUGUUCAUUUGGAAGUAAUACAGAAGGAAAUAGACAUAUCAGCUGCUUUAAAUUCAACUCUUUCAAGUCAUUAUGAAAAGAUGUUCAAUAAUAAGUCUUUCAGUGACUUUCAAGUCAUUACUUCCGAUGGAAAAGAGAUUUAUGUACAUAGAAAUAUUUUAUCGAUUCGCUCGCCAGUUUUUGAGGCAAUGAUUACGUCAGCAAUGAAAGAAGGCACUGAGAAGAAAGUUUUAAUAGAUGAUAUUGAUGGACGUACUUUAAUGGAAUUAAUUAGAUUCGUCUAUUCAGGGAAAGUCUAUGAAAUUGAUUCGAUUGCUCCAGAAUUGAUUUAUGCUGCAAAUAAGUACGAUCUACAAGAUCUCAAACCAUUGUGUGUAGAAUCACUAGCAUUAAAUAUUAAUAUUGAUAAUGCACUUGAAACUUUCGUCUUGGCUGAUUUGCAUCAAGAAAAAUAUUUAAAGAAGUUUUCAAUGGAUUUUAUCAAGUUUAAGUAUCCAGACAUAAAGGAACAGCAAGCAUGGGAAAAUCUCUCUCAUCAAGCUAUGAAGGAUAUUCUAGACUUUGUCUUGUCACCAAAUGGACAUAAGAGCGAAGAACAAACAAUCAUCACAAAUAUAAAGCGUUCGCAAGCUGCAACCACAAAUCCUGCACAAUAAAUUCAACUGUUAUUUUCGUGCUUCAUAAUUUAAUAAUCUAGCAUAAGAUUUAAGUCUAUUCGGAUAUUCCAAUGCUUAAUAUAAUCGAUCACUGAAGCUAGUCUUAUGUUUACUAUUUAAUAAUUAAUAAAAUAAAUUAAUUUCGUUAAAGUCUAUUUACCUUAACAUUGAGAUUUAGGUUCAUUAAUACUAUUAUUU